CUAGAGCGUCGCUUCCGGUCUGUGGUGGGGUGGGAGCUUCCGGCGGGGCGGGGGUUGCGUAGCAGCGCGGCGGGGCCGGGCGGGCGGAGGCCGCGGCCGCCCCUGAGCCCGCGGAGCCGGCCCGGGCCGGGCCCAGCGAUCUGUGCGGCUCCCGCGGCUCUUGGCGCUGGAGGAGCGAGAUGUUCGACGGUCAAAGAGAAAAUGGGCCCUGGGGAGCGUGACGCCCGCCCGGCCCCGCUCCGCCGCUUCGGGGGGAAUUCUGCCGCGCAAGGGUCCUGGCCCCGGUGAUGAGCAAUGGGGUAUGAUGUAGCGCGUUUUCAGGGGGACGUGGACGAAGACCUGAUCUGCCCCAUCUGCAGCGGGGUGCUGGAGGAGCCCGUUCAGGCCCCGCACUGCGAACACGCCUUCUGCAAUGCCUGCAUCACCCAGUGGUUCUCGCAGCAGCAGACGUGCCCCGUGGACCGCAGCGUGGUGACCGUCGCCCACCUGCGCCCCGUCCCGCGGAUCAUGCGGAACAUGCUCUCCAAGCUGCAGAUCACCUGCGACAACGCCGUUUUCGGCUGCACCGCCGUCGUGCGGCUCGACAACCUCAUGUCGCACCUCAACGACUGCGAGCACAACCCCAAGCGCCCGGUGACGUGCGAGCAGGGAUGCGGCUUGGAAAUGCCCAAAGAUGAGCUGCCGAACCACAACUGCAUCAAACACCUGCGCUCCGUGGUGCAGCAGCAGCAGACGAGGAUCGCCGAGCUGGAGAAGACCUCGGCGGAGCACAAGCACCAGCUGGCCGAGCAGAAGCGGGACAUCCAGCUGCUCAAGGCCUACAUGCGCGCCAUCCGCAGCGUCAACCCCAACCUGCAGAACCUGGAGGAGACCAUCGAGUACAACGAGAUCCUGGAGUGGGUGAACUCCCUACAGCCGGCGCGGGUGACGCGGUGGGGCGGGAUGAUCUCCACGCCGGACGCGGUGCUGCAGGCCGUCAUCAAGCGCUCGCUGGUGGAGAGCGGCUGCCCCACGUCCAUCAUCAACGAGCUGAUCGAGAACGCGCACGAGCGGAACUGGCCGCAGGGCCUGGCCACGCUGGAGACGCGGCAGAUGAACCGGCGCUACUACGAGAACUAUGUGGCCAAGCGCAUCCCCGGCAAGCAGGCGGUGGUGGUGAUGGCCUGCGAGAACCAGCACAUGGGCGAGGACAUGGUGCUGGAGCCGGGGCUCGUCAUGAUCUUCGCGCACGGAGUGGAGGAGAUUUAAGGAUUUGCCAAGAGCGAAACGCUCCGUGCUGCCGAGGGCGAGGACGGCGCCGGCGCCCACGUGGAGACUUGGGGGUGUCCGCCGUGAACUGUCCCCUGCUUGCCGAUGGGCUUUUGUUUGGGCGCCGUCCCCUCGGACCUCUCGCUCCCCGGCUGAAACGGUUAAACGCCUCCGGUACCUCCUGCUCAACCGAUCACCCCCCUGCGCCGUGGUUUUCAACCAGAGACGGAGCGAACUGUCUGGUUUCCCCCCCAUGGUUUUGGGGGGCUGGUGCCUCCCCCUAAGCCCGGCUUGAGUCCAGCCCAGCCCCAAAGCCCAACUCAGCUCUUGCUUCUCCGCUGCCUCAAUCCUUUCUCCCCUUUCGGUAUUUUCCGCCUCUCCAGCUCCCACCAGCCGGGGGGGAAGCAGCAGGACCCUCCCCGUGCUGUGGGGGGACCCUCCCCGUGCUGUGGGGGGACCCUCCCCGUGCUGUGGGGGGACCCUCCCCAUGCUGUGGGCUUGGCUGCGGGGUCCCCAAACUGGGGGCUUGCGGGGUCCCCACACAGGGUGCUCUCAGUGCCCCCCCCAGGCCGAGCUCUGCUCACCCCUGACCCAAACCAGCCUGGCCCCACAAGGGGGGCUCAGUCUGGGGACCCCCCUGUCCCCUUGCAUGUCCCUCUCCCCCCGGGGGGGGCCAGGUGCCCACGCUCCCCCCUUGGCGGUCGCUGCCGUUUGGCUCCGCGUGCUCUGCUGUUCCUUUUCCAGACACUCGUGAUUGUGCUUCUGUUUCUUUCCGUACCUUUUCAUUUUUGGCCCUUUCUUGGUUUUAUUGCCCUGUUUCAUGUUUGCGGGUCCCUGGCCAAGGCCCCUCAGCGCCCGCUUUCCUUUCCUCGCUGGGAAUUUAAUUUAUUUGCAUUAUUUUGUUGGUUUUUUUCUGUUUUUUACAGGACUUUCUCCUCCGCUGUCGCCCGGGCUGCCGGGCGGCGCUUCCCCGUCGACAAUAAACAGCGUUCUCGUUGCUUUA